UCCAGUUCCAAGCAGCUGGUGCCUGGGGGCAUGGAGAUGAGAUAAAGCCUCCCAGCUCACAGUGCGCUGAAGCUGGCUGGACACACUGAGGCUGGGCUGCAGUAGACUGGCCUGUGGUGGGGGAGGCCAGUCCUGGCCCCUCUGCUCACCUGCUGCACACUGCCUCCCAUAAGCCCAAGCCUCGAAGUCCCCCCAAAGUUGACCUGUGGAGGCACCAUGCUGCUCCCUGCCCCCCUCUUUGGGAUGGCAUGGGCACUUACUAACGGGCGAUAGUGUGAGCACAUGGAGACCAUUCUGGUGGAGGAGGAAGUCACCCCACGUCAGGAGGACCUGGUGCCUUGCACCAGCCUCUAUCAUCACCGGCGCCUGGGCUGGCGGCUGGACCUGUCCGGGAGUGGACAUGCAGGGCUCUGUCCCAUCUACAAGCCCCAGGAAUCACGACCUGUUGCGUGGAACAGGACAGUGAGGGCCUGCUGCCCAGGCUGGGGAGGCACCCACCGCUCCCUGGCCCUUGCAGAAGCCAGCCCCAAGGGCUACUGCUUUGCCACAUGGCAGUGCCAGCCUUGGGCAGGCUCAGCUCAUGCAUCUGCAGGAAGCCUGGAGGAAUGCUGUGCCCAGCCUUGGGGACCCAGCUGGUGGGAUGAACGCUCCCAGGCCUGCCUCAGCUGCUCCAGCCAACGGCUUCCAGGCAGCACCCAGUCUCCAGCCCUGCUGCAGCCCCUGGCAGGGGCCCUGGCCCAACUCUGGAGCUGGAGCCAGUGUCCCUCGGCCACCUGUGCCACCUGGUCCGGCUUCCACUACCGCACCUUUGACAAGCGCCACUACCACUUCCUGGGCCACUGCACUUACCUGGUGGCAGGUGCUGCUGACUCCACUUGGGCUGUCCACAUCAGGCCCAGGGGCCAUUGUCCCCAGCCUGGGCACUGUCAGCAGGUCCGGGUGAUGAUGGGACCAGAGGAAGUGCUGAUUCAGGGUGGAAAUGUCUCUGUGAAUGGGCAGCUGGUACCUGAUGGGGAGUUUCAGCUGCUCUCGGGUGAGGGACAGGCUGAGCUUGCAGUGCUGUCAGGGGGCCUGGGGGUCGUUGUGCAGCUGGAUGGGUCCAGUUCGAUCUCCGUUUCUGUGGACCACAAGCCGGGACAGACUCAAGGCCUCUGUGGGCUCUACAAUGGCCGGCGUGAAGAUGACUUCUUGGAGCCAGGAGGGGGGCUGGCUGUAUUAGCUGCCACCUUUGGGAAUUCCUGGAAGCUGCCUGACUCAGAGGCUGGGUGUCUGGAUGCAGUGGAGGCAGCACAGGGCUGCGAGGAGCCUCUGAGGGGCACCGAGGUGGGCACGGAGGCUGGCCAAUUGCGGGCCGAAACCCAAGAUGUAUGCCACCAACUGCUGGAUGGUCCAUUCAGAGAAUGCCAUGUCCAGGUUCCCUCUGCUGAGUACCAUGACGCCUGCCUCUUUGCCUACUGUGCUGGGGCCCCAGCAGGCAGUGGGAGAGAGGGCCGCAGGGAGGCUGUGUGUGCCACCUUGGCCAACUAUGCCCAGGACCGUGCCAAGCGUCACAUCCAUGUGCUCUGGAGGAAGCCCGGCUUCUGUGAGCGCCUGUGCCCCGGAGACCAACUGUACUCCGACUGCGCCUCGGCCUGCCCGCCCAGCUGCCCCACUGUGGGCGAGGGCGGGGAGGGGUCUUGCGGAGAAUGCUUGAGCGGCUGAUGUCCGCCCGGCCUCUUCUGGGACGGCGCCCUCUGGCCUGCCUCCCAAUGUCCCUUCUAUUACCGACGCCAGCGCUACGCCCCCGGCGACACUGUGCGCCAGCUGUGCAACCCGUGCUGGGUCCGCAGCGUGUGCCAGGACGGCCGGUGGCUCUGCGUGCGGGCUCGGCCUUCAGAGUGCGCGGUGGGCGGGGACGGGCACUACCACACCUUUGAUGGGCGGAGCUUCUCCUCCAUCCUGGUGCAGGACUUGGCCAAGGGGUAGCUGUUGAUCGUGCUGGAGCAUGGAGCCUGCGACUCUGGGAGCUGCCUCCACGCCAUCUCUGUCUCCCAGGGGGACGCCCACAUCCAGCUCAGGGACUCAGGAGCUGCCCUGGCCAAUGGGCAGGACGUGGGCCUGCCCUGGAGCAGCCCUGAGGGCAUCAGUGUCUCCCGAGCCUCCUCCACCUUCCUGCCUGGAGUCCAGGUCCUCUGGGGGGUGUCUGACCCUGCAGCCUACAUCACCCUGGACCCCCACCAUGCCCAGAGGUGUGCCAGGGGGCAGGUGCAGGGCCUAUGCGGCACCUUCACCUGGAACCAGCAGGACGACUUCCUGACACCUGCCGGUGACGUGGAGACCAGCAUUGCUGCCUUUGCUAGCAAGUUCCAGCUGGCAGGCAAGGGAAGGUGCCCCUCAGAGGACAGCACCCCUCUUUCCCCCUGCAGCACCCACACUGAGCGCCAUGUUUUCGCAGCCAUCCUGCAUGGCCCAGUCUUCCAGGAGUGCCACAGGCUGGUGGAGGAGCCCUUCCACCUGUGCUACUUGGCAGCCGUGUGUGGCCGUGCCCCUGGCAGGGACUGCCUGUGCCCAGUGCUUGCUGCCUAUGCUCGCCGCUGUGCCCAGGAGGAUGCCCCAUCUCCCUGGAGCAGUGCUGUCUUGUGUCCUGGGGGCCAGGAGUACCAGGAUUGUGCCCCAGUGUGCGGUCAGAAAUGUGGGGAGCCAGAGGACUGUGGGAAGCUGGGUGGCUGUGUGGCUGGUUGUAAUUGCCCCUUGGGGCUGCUGUGGGACCCUGAGGGCCAGUGUGUGCCCCCCAGCUUGUGCCCCUGCCAGCUUGAAGCCCGUCGUUAUGCCCCUGGCAGUGCCACCAUGAAGGACUGCAGCCGCUGUGUGUGCCAGGACAGGGGCCUCUGGAACUGCAGUGAUCGCCGCUGCACCCCCCAGCGGGCAUUCUGUCCCCAUGAGCUUGUCUAUGCCCCUGAUGCCUGCCUCCUCACCUGUGACAGCCCCAGUGCCAACCACUCCUGCCCCCCAGGCAGCACAGGGGACUGUGUCUGUCCCCCAGGCACCGUGUUGCUGGACGAGCGCUGUGUGCCUCCUGAGCUCUGUCCCUGCCGCCACGGUGGCAGGUGGUAUCCACCCAAUGCCACCAUCCAUGAGGACUGCAACAUUGGUAUCGUGUGUCAGGGCAGGCAGUGGCACUGCAUGGGCCAGCGGUGCGGUGGACGGUGCCAGGCAUCGGGUGCCCCCCAUUAUGUGACAUUCGAUGGGCUAGCCCUCACCUUCCCCGGGGCCUGUGAAUACCUGCUGGUGCGAGAGGCCAGUGGCCAGUUCACAGUCUCGGCCCAGAACCUGCCCUGCGGGGCCAGCGGCCUCACCUGCACCAAGGCACUGACCGUGCGGCUGCAGAGCACCGUUGUCCACAUGCUCAGAGGCCGGGCAGUGACAGUGAAUGGGGUGAGUGUAACAUCCCCCAAGGUCUACACAGGCCCCGGGCUGAGCCUUGGCCGGGCUGGCCUCUUCCUGCUGCUCACCACCCGCCUGGGCCUCUCCCUGCUCUGGGAUGGAGGCACCCGGGUCCUGCUGUCCCCGCAGUUCCGCGGCCGUGUGGCUGGGCUGUGUGGAGACUUUGAUGGCGAUGCCAGCAACAACCUGCGGAGCCGCCAGGGAGCCCUGGAGCCCACUGCUGAGCUGGCCGCCCACUCCUGGCUCCUCAGUCCUCUGUGCCCUGAGCGGGACCUGCCACACCCCUGCACCGUGAAUGCCCACCGGGCCGCCUGGGCUCGCUCCCGCUGCGGGGUGCUGCUGCAGCCACUUGCCCGGGGCCACGCGGAGGUACCCCCACAGCAGCACUACGGGUGGUGCGUUUAUGAUGCCUGCAGCUGUGAUUCAGGAGGCGACUGUGAGUGUCUGUGCUCGGCCAUUGCCACCUCCCGACACGGGCUCCACGUGCGCUGUCGCAGCCAGGAGCUCUGCCCUCUGCAAUGUGAAGGAGGCCAGGAGUAUGAGGCCUGUGGCCCCACGUGUCCCCCCACCUGCCAUGACCAUGGUCCUGAAGGGUGGCAUUGCCAGGCUGUCACCUGUGUGGAGGGCUUCUUCUGCCUUGAGGGGACUCUGCUGCAUGGAGGCAUCUGCAUGAAGCUGGCUUUCUGUCCCUGUGAGUGGGGGGAGGGGGGCGGCUUCUUCCCACCAGGAACGGUGCUGCAGAAGGCCUGUGGGGACUGCACGUGCCAGGGAAGUCGGUGGCUUUGUGGGGGUGGCAGUACCCGCUGCGAGGAGCCUGUGCCUGGCUGUGCAGAGGGAGAGGCCCUGUCGGAGAGUGGGCACUGUGUGCCCCACGAGUGGCUUUGUGACAACCAGGACGACUGUGGCGAUGGCUCAGAUGAGGAGGGCUGUGCCACUGCAGGCUGCAGGGAGGGGCAGAUAUCUUGCAGCUCCGGCCACUGCCUGCCCCUGGCCCUGCUCUGUGAUGGACAGGACGACUGUGGAGAUGCAGAUGAGCAGGGCUGCCCAUGCCCCCAGGACUCUCUGGCCUGUGCUGAUGGGCGCUGCCUGCCCCCAGCCCUGCUCUGUGAUGGACACCCUGACUGUCCAGAUGCUGAUGAUGAGGAGUCCUGUCUGGGGCAGGUGAACUGCACCCCUGGGGAGGUGUCCUGCAUCGAUGGCACCUGCAUGGGGGCCAUCCAGCUGUGUGACAGAAUCUGGGACUGCCCAGAUGGAGCAGAUGAGGGGCCUGGGCACUGCCCCCUCCCCUCUCUGCCCACGCCCCCUGCUGGCACCUUGCCCAGUCCCUCCGCUGGCUCCUGGGAGACGGCACCAGCUCCCCUGGCCAGCACCAGCCCUGAGGGGCUGCCCGUCCCGGGAGGCCCCAACAGGACAGGAGUUCCCUGCCCGGAAUACUCCUGCCCGGACGGCCUCUGCAUCAGUUUCCAGCUGGUGUGCGAUGGGAAGCCUGAUUGUGAAAUGACAGGAGAGGCAGAGCUCUCCCCAGAAGAGCAGGGUUGUGGGGCCUGGGAACCCUGGAGCCCGUGGGGGUCCUGCAGCCACACGUGUGGGCCUGGGGUGCAGGGCCGGAGCCGCCACUGUUCCCCGCCCAGGCUCCCGGUGCUACAGCUCUGCCCCGGCCCCGAGCACCAGACUCAGGCCUGCUUCACGGCUGCCUGCCCAGUGGACGGUGAGUGGACCUCUUGGUCUCCCUGGUCCCUGUGCUCUGAGCCAUGCAGGGGCACCAUGACCCGGCAGCGACAGUGCCACCCACCCCAGAAUGGGGGCCAGGCCUGCGUCAUGCUGCCUGGGGGCCCUCACAGCACGGGCCAGUGGAACCAGACCUGGCCCUGCCUUCAGGAUGGCUGCCCCAAUGCCACCUGCUCUGGGGAGCUAGUAUUCUGGCCCUGUGCCCCCUGCCCUCUGACCUGUGAUGGCAUUUCUGAUCAGACGGUGUGCCCUGCUGACCGGUCCUGCAGCGGCCCAGGCUGCUGGUGCCCCAAAGGACAAGUGCUGGGCAGUGAGGGGCAGUGUGUGUGGCCCUGGCAGUGCCCCUGCCUGAUGGAUGGUGCCCGCUACUGGCCUGGGCAGCACAUCAAGGCUGACUGCCAGCUCUGCAUCUGCCAAGACGGGCAGCCCCGGAGCUGCCGGCCCAACCCCGACUGUGCCCUGGACGGUGAGUGGACCUCUUGGUCUCCCUGGUCCCUGUGCUCUGAGCCAUGCAGGGGCACCAUGACCCGGCAGCGACAGUGCCACCCACCCCAGAAUGGGGGCCAGGCCUGCGUCAUGCUGCCUGGGGGCCCUCACAGCACGGGCCAGUGGAACCAGACCUGGCCCUGCCCUCAGGAUGGCUGCCCCAAUGCCACCUGCUCUGGGGAGCUAGUAUUCUGGCCCUGUGCCCCCUGCCCUCUGACCUGUGAUGGCAUUUCUGAUCAGACGGUGUGCCCUGCUGACCGGUCCUGCAGCGGCCCAGGCCCAAUGCCUGGUGUAUGUCCCAGCGACAAGCAGUGGCUGGACUGUGCCCAGGGCCCUGCCUCCUGUGCAGAGCUCAAUGCCCCUGGAAGGACUAACCAGAGCUGCCUGCCUGGCUGUUACUGCCCCCACCCCGGGAUGCUCCUGCUGUGGAGUCUCUGCAGCUGCAGCUGCAACGUAGGGAUCCGGUGGCGUUUCCGGGCAGGCACUGCGCCCCCGGCAGCCUUUGUGGGUGCUGCAUGCUAGGGCCCCCAUAUGGAGGCUGAAUUCUGUAGCCUGCGGCCAUGUCAAGGUCCCAGUGGGGAGUGGGGCCCUUGGUCUCCGUGCUCCGUGCCCUGUGGUGGUGGCUUCCGGAACCGCACCCGCGGCAGUGGCCCGAACAGCCCUGUGGACUUUUCCACCUGUGGCCUGCAGCCCUGUGCAGGCCCAAUGCCUGGUGUAUGUCCCAGCGACAAGCAGUGGCUGGACUGUGCCCAGGGCCCUGCCUCCUGUGCAGAGCUCAAUGCCCCUGGAAGGACUAACCAGAGCUGCCUGCCUGGCUGUUACUGCCCCCACCCCGGGAUGCUCCUGCUGGUGAGCGUCCUCCCUGCCUGACCUCCUUGGGGACUGGGAAGACAGGCGGGGCCUGGGCAGAGACAGAGCCAAGGGU